AUGAUGAUUUGCAAUGAAACUGCACAAGAACCACAAUAUUUGGCACAAGAUUAUGGUCAUAAGUAUAUAGAAAAUACAUAUAGAAGAGAUUCUCCUAAAAGAGAUUCUCCUGAAGUGCCUACAGGUUCUUAUCAAGAUUCAAUAGAGCUGAUUGUGAAAGGAUUGAAGAUGGAACUACCGAGAAUCCUAACCAUCUUCACAAUGAUUGAUUUAUCAAGCAACCAAUUUCAAGGAGAGAUCCCAAAUGCACUUGGAAGGCUUAAAUUUCUCCGAUUGCUCAACCUUUCCCAUAACAGCCUAACCGGCCAUAUCCCAUCAACGUUGGGAAAUUUAUUAGCACUUGAAGCAUUGGAUUUCUCUUCAAAUAAUCUCAAUGGUGAAAUUCCUAUGCAAUUGACACUUCUAACAUUUUUGGCCAUGUUAAACCUUUCACAAAACCACCUUAUUGGACCCAUACCUCAAGGCAAACAAUUCAAUACAUUUGGUAACGAAUCAUAUGAGGGGAACUCAGGAUUGUGUGGAUCUCCAUUGUCAAUUAAAUGUAGCACUAAUGAGCCACCACCAACAAUAUUCCUAGAAGACAAUGAUUCAAUGUUUGCAAAAGGAUUUGGUUGGAAGGCCGUGUUGAUUGGCUAUGGAUGUGGAUUUGUGUUUGGAUUAGUUGUGGGAUAUGAUGUUUUUAAAACAAGAAAACCCCAACGGAUUGUAAGGUUGAUUGAAGGAGAACGAAGUGGAAAGGACAGUCAUAUACGUGCCUCUGAUCUCAUCCAGAAUAAUGAUGAGGUCUUUGAUUUUGCUCUCUCAACUCUUCUUCUACCUCUUGCUGCUCUUGUAUUCUCAACUUACUUCAUCCUCUUCUUCUGCACCAUUGUGCUCCCAAGACCAAAGCUUUGCAUUGCUCCAAUUCAAGCAAUUAUUUUCUUUUUCCAAUGA